AUGAACGGAGAGGCCUCAUCCUCGAGCGCAGCUGAGCUCAAGAUCCACUUCAUCAUUGUUGGAGGAGGAAUCGCUGGCCUCUCGGCCGCUCUCGCUCUUACGCGCGUCGGGCAUCGCGUGACGCUCCUCGAGAAGGGCGAUAGCAAAUCCAACAGGGGCCCUGGCGGUCUUCACUUGGCGCCCAAUGGCACGAAGGUCCUCUUCCACUGGGGUUUGAAGGACAGCUUGAAAGCAGCUGGCCUGACGUCGCAUCCUCUGCUCUUCUCACAGUAUCACACCGGACAACUGCUUGGUAUACAACUCUGGGAUGACGAGCUGCUAAGAGAAACGCGGGGAGAGUUCUUGCUCAUGACGCACGGUAAUCUUUGUGAGAUCCUCCAUGAUGCUGCGGUAUCACAAGGCGCGGAGAUCCGAUACAAUGCGAAGGUGGUGGACAUUGAGCCUGAAGAUGGCGCGGUGAAGCUGGCUUCCGGGGAGAUCCUGCAAGCAGACAUCAUCAUCGGCGCUGAUGGCGAGCGGGGACUCUGCAGGCGUCUCGUAUUGGGGCGUGAGGAGCGUAUCGAGCCUUCGGGAUUAGGAUUGUUCGAUCUGCAAUUUGGCUCCCAGACAGCGACGCAAGAGAUGGCCCAAGAGGAAAAGCGUCUCCUAGAAAAAGUGCAGGGGAACCCUGUCUACGUGGCCAUGGGCAAUAGCGCUGGUGCAACCGGAUACCCGAUUCACCAAGGCCGCGAGAUUGCUUUCCAUUUCUUUUUCAGGGCAGAGUUCCCGCUCGACGGCGGCUGGGAUGACCCACCAACGGCGAAGCCGGAGCUCCUACGCCGACUGCCCGCCGAAAUGGACCCCAACCUGUAUCACUGCGCGCAUGGUGCACAGCAAGUCACACGUGUGGCCCUCAACAAGUACGAGGAGCUUGAUGAUUGGGUGCACGAGAGUGGUCGGCUACUUGUCAUCGGACAGGCAGCGCAUCCCAUUCCGCAUUGUGGUAUUCAAGUCGCCUCGGUUGCGAUCGAAGACGCUGCGGUCCUUGGGAAGCUGUAUCACCACUUGACCAUCCCAGAACAAGCACAAGACUUCCUCUAUGCGUUCCAAGACCUCCGGAAGCAGCGCUGCGCGGAGGCGCUCGACGGCGAAGUAUCUAUGAUCACCUUCAUCACCACGCCGGACGGCCCUGAGCAAGACGCGCGAAACGCCAAUAUGCGUGCCAAGUACCGCGCUGGCAAAAACGUCCUCGAGGGCGACACUUCGGACGGCGGUGAGGGCGAGCAAUGGGUGCAGAUCCGCACGAUCUUUGGCUACGAUUGCGAGGACGAGGCCGACAACUGGUGGGUCCAGUGGGGCCUCCUGCGCGCACGCGCGAACAGCGACGGCCAGAAUCGCCAGUCGCAGAUGGGCGUGUUCAGCUGGAGCGAUAUGACCGUCCUGUCCGUGGACGAAAGCACGUCAUGA